AUGACUGGGAGCGAUACUACCUCUGCUUUUUUCAGAAAAGGAAAAAAGUCAGUAGUGAAAAAUUUGUCUAAAUUGGCAGGAGAAGGUCAGUCCAGCCUUUCUCAUGAGACUGUAUUCAAGAACGGAGAAACUGUUUUGAUGUCGAUUUACAAAUCUCCAAAAGAGGUGACAACUCUCCAGGCCCUCCGAUACAAGACUUUCAACAACUUGGCCCAAAAAAAGACUGCGAUAAAACUAGAAUGCUUACCCCCUAUCCAAGAAGCUGCUAGGCAGCACUUUUAUAGGGUAUAUUUACAAGUGCAGAAAUGGCUUGUAAACGAACUGCCACCAGAGGAAUGGGGAUGGAAACCAAAAGCUGCAGCAGAAAAUGACAUCCCAGUAUUCAAAAUAAAGGCAUGGAGAAGAGCUGGAAAACCAUUACCAGAAGUCCUGCACCAAUAUAAGAGCGUGAAUGCUGAUCUUAACGUCUUACCUUAUUGCUCCCAAUUCAUCCCAAUGGAAGUUAUCAAUUAUCCAAGAAUGAAGAGUAUUUGCUAUCAUCCAUCUAUUUUACCCAGACACAGAGGAGCGAGUUCCAUAAAUUGGACGUUGAUUUGUGGAGACAAAAAAGCAGGUCUUUCCAUAUUCUGGGCCGACGACGGUUUGGAUACUGGUCCAAUUCUUCUUCAAGAAGAAUGCGAUGUAGAAGAAAACGACACAGUCGACACGCUGUAUAAACGGUUUUUGUAUCCAAUAGGUGUUUCUGCAGUCGCAAGAGCUGUGGAUAUGGUAGCAGAUGAUACUGCCCCUAAGAUAACGCAGAGCGAAAAGGGAGCUACAUAUGAUCCUAUGCUGAACAAACCUGAGUUACAAAAGAUCGAUUGGACCAAAACGGCUCAAGAACUUCACAAUUUCGUUCGUGGUAUGGACUCUGUCCCAGGAGCCAGCUGCGUGAUGAGGCUUCCAGGAACUGAAGAAUACAAUGAAGCCUUACUAUUUGGAUCGACUUUGUGGAAGGGACCAGUUCCUAUUGGCAAAGAAGUCGAGAUCCAAGGUACCAAAUCUGGUAUUAUCCAUGAAGAUGGAUUGUUGUUAGUAGGCUCUGAUGGAGAAUACAUUAAUGUCAAAAGAGUUAAAAUAAACGGUCGAAUGAAAAACGCUGCAACUUUGGAUCAAGUUUCAAAACAAGUGGAAAUAGUGUUAACUCCAGAAGAAAAAGUACUAGUAGAAUCGGUAAGGGUCAUUUGGGAAGCCAUUUUGAAUAUCGAUAUCGAAGAAGAUACAGAUUUCUUCGCUAGUGGAGCGGGUUCAAUGGAUGUUGUCAGGCUCGUGGAAGAAGUUAAAGACGUUUUCAAAACAGAACUAGAAAACGAAGACGUAUUCAUGGCUCCAACAUUUUCGGAAUUUUAUUUGAACGUCGUACAAAAAAGCAGGGGCGGUAGCAUGAAAUCUCAGAUUGAGUACAGAGCUGUGGAAAUGGAAGCUAAUAAUAUGAAGAUCAGAUUUCCUUGCCAGUUAUUCAUUAAUGGAGAAUUCGUAGAUGCUGAAAAUGGAAAGACGACUCAAACUGUCAAUCCUGCCACCGAGGAAGUUAUUUGCAACGUAAGAGAGCAAUCGUUAAGAAUUAAAAUAUCUCAAUAACGCAUACACUACUUCAAAAUUAUUUAGUAAUAUAUAUGGAGAUUAUAGA